CUUUCGUCGGAGACAUGUGUCCUCUCCAAUUAUCCGUGUUUCCUGCGGAAUCUCUCGGCAUCAACGAGGAUGAUCCCUCGGCGAACAGUGACCGCCAUUCCUCAUUACGUGUCGUCUCGUCGUCGUUUGUUAUCCCGUAAGGAUAGUGCCUGUUUUACCGUGCGAUCUUGUUUCCGAGAAGGAGCGGACAGAGUGAAAGAGCGAGAAAGAAAGAGAGUGCGCGCUCCUGGAAGUAAACUGUCCGCGAACAGUGCAAGUUUCGCCUUGCUCUCAAAUGUUCGCGAGAAGAUAAGUACGGAUACGAUCGCAUGCCAGUCCCCCGUCUUUUAUUAUUACGCGACGGUCCUACGGAGAAUUGACAGGUGGCCGGUAGACAAAGUGAUAACGCCGAGAUUCGACAGUCACUACCGGGAAGGAGAGAGAGGAGUAUGACACUCAUGGUCCUGGAAUUCGCGGACGCUGCACCUGGUCGUGCGGGUCGGAGAUAAAAAACAAAUCGGGGGAAUUCACGGUGCAGCUACCAGCAGCGGAACAUCGGACAAUCGAGCUGAAGACAUGCCAGUCGAGUUGCCGGGGACGUCGUCCAGUUUAAAUUGACAUCGAAACUACCUUGAAGAGGUGAUGCACCUGGCGAGAGGGAACGGGAACAAGCUGCAGGCAAGUCCUCGUUCUCCGAAUCGAACCCGCGAGAACGGCGGCGGAUCCUCUCUCGGACACGGGGAGAGGAGGGGUGAGGGAAAAAUAGGAGAGGAGCGAGCAGCAUAGAGCGGCUCGUCUCUCGUACGGCGCUCUUCAAAACAGCUAUAGAACGGAGUUAUGGUGUCUCGCGGAUGCGAUGACUGUGGCCGCAGCCGUGGCACUGUGGCAUCGUGCCCACUUCUACAAGGCGAUCGCCUGCGUCGUCCUGGCCCUGAUCGCCAUUCAGUAUUUACUUAGCGGCGUGAUCGACCGACGGUCCAUCGAGACGAUCUUCACCAUCAACACCACCAGGUACGCGGAUCGCAUGUAUAGGCAUCAUCCGCGGGGGCUGAUCAUAUACGGGCCUGUAACGGUAUCGAGCAUGCUUAACAACAAUGCGACGACGACGACCGUGCUCUGGGGUGGCAAAGGUAAUUCCAACUUCUCCAAGCUGGAAACCACGUUUCCCACCCGAAACGCCUCCGUCGUCGCCAGUUCCCAGGAAUCUUCGACCGCGAACUCGACUAACAGUACCACCGUGCUGCCCCGGUGCCCUCUCAUACCCCCGAAUCUCGUCGGUCCAUUGGCCGUCAGCAAAUCGCCGCCGGAAUUAUCGGUGAUAGAGAAGACGUUCACCGAGGUUCAACCGGGUGGCAGGGGUUGCCCGACGGAUUGCGUGCCGAGGCAUCGAGUCGCGAUCGUGAUUCCGUAUCGCGAUCGGCCGCAACAUCUUCAAGCUUUAUUGUACAACCUUCACCCGAUGCUGCUUCGACAACAGAUCGACUAUCAAAUAUUCAUCGUCGAGCAGAAAGGUAGCGAGACGUUCAACCGUGCGAUGCUCAUGAACGUGGGAUACGUCGAAGCGUUGAAGGAACGAACUUUCGACUGUUUCAUUUUUCACGACGUCGACCUACUUCCGGAAGACGAUAGGAAUCUGUACACGUGCCCGGAGCAACCGAGGCAUAUGUCCGUCGCAGUGGACAAAUUUAAAUACAGGUUGCCGUAUGCCGAUCUGUUUGGUGGCGUGUCAGCGAUGUCGCGCGAACACUUUCACCUGGUGAACGGGUUCAGCAACGUGUUCUGGGGCUGGGGCGGCGAAGACGACGACAUGGCGAAUCGUAUCAAAGCACACGGUCUCCAUAUAUCCCGAUACCCGGCGAACGUCGCGCGGUAUAAGAUGCUCACGCACAAAAAGGAGAAGGCCAACCCGAAAAGGUACGAGUAUCUGAGAACAGGCAAGAAGAGGUUCGCGACAGACGGCCUGAGCAAUCUACAAUACGAGCUCGUCGAUAAACAGAAGCCGAAACUGUACACGUGGCUGUUGGUGAAGCUGACACCUCCGCAGCCCAGCUGAUGGCUAUCCUGGAUCGGCUAGCGAUCCUGAGACCUCGGGAUCGCGCGGAUAAAUUACGUGACGUUCCUCGAACGCCGAACGCUGCGAAGUAGCUAAAUAUCAACGAGAAACAUUGAAAAGAAACGAGAGCGAAGAGAAUGAACGAUCGAACUUAAAACGUCAGGAGAGGUCGGGACACGGACACCAACCCCUGGCGAGUCGUUUCUCUCUGGCCAACAACGAACGGAGGGGAACGUUAUUACGUGAUAUAUUUUUAUUCCUCGUAUUUUUUUAUCGCAACGAUAGGCUAAAGAGAAGCGGAUAGGAUGUAGCGUACGAGCUAACGUGCCAAAGGAGAGUGUAUGUGUGUAAAAGUGUGAAGAAAGUAGUAUGUCUGUCGUGCGUCUGGAAGCGUGGUCAACGAUCGAGAAGGAAGAAUGAGAGCGAGGAAUCUCGAAACGAAAGGAGAUGCUCUUUCUCCGCUAUCAGGAUGCGAGUGUAUUCGCCAGUACGUGUGUCAAGUAUGUAUGCAUGCACUCAUCUAUCUAUCGAUCUAUCUACCUACCUACCUACCUACCUACCUACCUACCUACCUACCUACCUACCUACCUACCUACCUACCUACCUACCUA